CCGUUAUGUCAUUCCCCUGCCACUCGGUCUUGUGUCUCACGCUGUCACCUUCUCUCUCUCUCUCUCUGGGACAUGGAGACCAGACUCGUCACCUCUCCGUCGCAAGAACUUCCUGCUAAUGAAGCCCCGGGCUUUUAAAACUUUGCCAAACGAAAACAACAAACCAAGCCAGAACCCCCAACCCCUCCACACGCACCCCUCUUGCAGCCCGGGAGAAAGCGAGGGAGAGAGAGGACUGUGUUGCUUUUGUCCUCGCUUCGCUCUCGCUGUCUCACUCUGAUGCCACCUGGACUGGGUGGUUUGCCUGUUGAUGUCGCUUUUGGCCGCGCCGUGGCUGUUGUCAUAGAAACGGGAAGUGCAGGAGCAUGGCGGGGCCGACUGGCCUCCUUCGCCUUUUUCAAGUGCGGCUUCAGCCCCAGGGUGACGAGCGGCACUCUCCAGCCAGAGGUUUCAGAAGGAACGAAGACAUGAAGGCUAUGGAGGUGCUGCCUAUCCUGAAAGAGAAAGUGGCCUACCUGUCAGGGGGCCGAGACAGACGCGGGGGCCCGGUGCUCACGUUCCCUUCACGCACCAACCACGACCGAAUACGACAGGAGGACCUGCGUCGCCUCAUCGCCUACCUCGCUGGCAUCCCCAGCGAGGACGUGUGUAAACAUGGCUUCACGGUCAUCGUGGACAUGCGCGGCUCCAAGUGGGACUCCAUCAAGCCGCUGCUGAAGAUCCUGCAGGAGUCCUUCCCCAGCUGCAUCCACGUCGCCCUCAUCAUCAAGCCCGACAACUUCUGGCAGAAGCAGAGGACCAAUUUCGGCAGCUCCAAGUUCGAGUUCGAGACCACCAUGGUGUCCCUGGAGGGCCUGUCCAAGGUGGUGGACCCAUCGCAGCUGACGUCCGACUUCGAGGGCAGCCUGGACUACAACCACGAGGAGUGGAUCGAGAUCCGCGUGGCCUUCGAGGACUUCACGGGCAACGCGCGCCACCUGCUGGCCAAGCUGGAGGAGAUGCAGGAGACGGUGACGCGCAAGGACUUCCCCGCCGACCUGGAGGGCGCGCGGCGCAUGAUCGAGGAGCACGCCGCGCUCAAGAAGCGGGUGAUGAAGGCGCCCGUGGAGGAGGUGGACACAGAGGGCCAGCGCCUGCUCCAGCGCAUCCAGAGCGGGGACGGCAGCUACGCCCAGCGCAGCGUGCCCGCCUCCGCCGGCCAGGGGAUGGGCGGAGAUAGAGGAGGAGGAGGUGGGCAGGGCGGAGGUGGCGGCGGCGGGUCGACGAACGCGGACACGCAGGGGCUGGUGCCCAGGGUGUCCGCCCUACUGGACAAGCUGCACAGCACCCGGCAACACCUGCACCAGGCCUGGCACGUGCGCAAAGUGCAGCUGGACCAGUGCUUCCAGCUGCGCCUGUUCGAGCAGGACGCAGAGAAGAUGUUUGACUGGAUCAUGCACAACAAAGGCCUCUUCCUGGCGGGCUACACCGAGAUCGGCAACAACCACGCCCACGCCAUGGAGCUCCAGACGCAGCACAACCACUUUGCCAUGAACUGCAUGAAUGUGUAUGUAAACAUCAACCGCAUCAUGUCGGUGGGGAACCGGCUGCUGGAGUCGGGCCACUACGCCUCGCAGCAGAUCAAGCAGAUCUCCAGCCAGCUGGAGCAGGAGUGGAAGGCCUUCGCCGCCGCGCUGGACGAGCGCAGCACCCUGCUGGAGAUGUCCGCCUCCUUCCACCAGAAGUGUGACCAGUACAUGAGUAAUGUGGACUCGUGGUGUAAGGCAUGUGGAGAGGUGGAGUUGCCGUCAGAACUACAGGAUCUGGAGGACGCGAUCCACCAUCACCAGGGUCUAUACGAGCACAUCACUGCAGCCUAUUCAGAGGUGAGUCAAGACGGGAAAGCCCUAUUGGACAAGUUACAGAGACCCCUCACCCCCGGCAGUGCCGAUUCGCUGACGGCCUCGGCUAACUACUCCAAGGCGGUGCACCACGUGCUGGACGUGAUCCACGAGGUGCUGCACCACCAGCGGCAGCUGGAGAACAUCUGGCAGCACCGCAAGGUCCGGUUGCACCAGCGCCUGCAGCUGUGUGUGUUCCAGCAGGACGUUCAGCAGGUGCUGGACUGGAUAGAGAACCAUGGCGAGGCGUUUCUCAGUAAGCACACAGGCGUGGGGAAGUCGCUCCACCGAGCCCGAGCCCUACAGAAACGCCACGAGGACUUUGAGGAAGUGGCUCAGAACACGUACACUAACGCGGAUAAGCUGCUGGAGGCGGCGGAGCAGCUGGCCCAGACGGGCGAGUGCGACCCGGAGGAGAUCUACCAGGCCGCCCAUCAGCUGGAGGACCGCAUCCAGGACUUUGUGCGGCGCGUGGAGCAGCGCAAGGUCCUGCUGGACAUGUCGGUGGCCUUCCACACACACGUCAAAGAGCUGUGGACGUGGCUGGAGGAGCUGCAGAAGGAGCUGCUAGACGACGUGUAUGCAGAGUCGGUGGAGGCUGUACAGGACCUGAUCAAGCGCUUUGGCCAGCAGCAGCAAACCACGCUGCAGGUCACCGUCAACGUCAUCAAGGAGGGAGAGGACCUCAUCCAGCAGCUGAGGGACUCGGCCAUCUCCAGUAAUAAGACCCCUCACAACAGCUCCAUCAACCACAUUGAGAGCGUGCUCCAGCAGCUGGAUGAGGCGCAGGCCCAGAUGGAGGAGCUCUUCCAGGAGAGGAAGAUCAAGCUGGAGCUCUUCCUGCAGCUGCGCAUCUUUGAGCGCGACGCCAUCGACAUCAUCUCGGACCUUGAGUCGUGGAACGAGGAGCUGUCCCAGCAGAUGAGUGACUUCGACACGGAGGACCUGACGCUGGCGGAGCAGAGGCUGCAGCACCACGCAGACAAGGCCCUCACCAUGAACAACCUCACCUUCGACGUCAUCCACCAGGGCCAGGAGCUGCUGCAGUACGUCAACGAGGUGCAGGCCUCCGGAGUGGAGCUGUUGUGUGACAGGGAUGUGGACAUGGCCACGCGUGUGCAGGACCUGCUGGAGUUCCUGCACGAGAAGCAGCAGGAGCUGGACGUGGCCGCCGAGCAGCACCGCCGCCACCUGGAGCAGUGUGUGCAGCUACGCCACCUGCAGGCCGAGGUCAAACAGGUCCUAGGCUGGAUCAGAAACGGCGAGUCGAUGCUGAACGCGGGGCUCAUCACAGCCAGCUCCCUGCAGGAGGCCGAGCAGCUGCAGAGAGAGCACGAGCAGUUCCAACACGCCAUCGAGAAGACGCACCAGAGUGCGCUGCAGGUGCAGCAGAAGGCCGAGGCGCUGCUGCAGGCCAACCACUACGACAUGGACAUGAUCCGCGACUGCGCCGAGAACGUGGCCUCACACUGGCAGCAGCUCAUGCUCAAGAUGGAGGACCGCCUCAAGCUGGUCAACGCCUCCGUGGCCUUCUACAAGACCUCCGAACAGGUGUGCAGUGUGCUGGAGAGCCUGGAGCAGGAGUACAAGCGUGAGGAGGACUGGUGCGGAGGUGCUGACAAGCUGGGGCCCAACUGUGAGACUGACCAUGUCACCCCCAUGAUCAGCAAACACCUGGAGCAGAAGGAGGCCUUCCUUAAGGCGUGUACGCUGGCCAGGAGGAACGCAGACGUGUUCCUCAAGUACAUGCACCGGAACAGCGUGAACAUGCCGGGCCUGAUGAGCCACGUCAAAGCGCCCGAGCAGCAGGUCAAAAACAUCCUGAACGAGCUGCUGCAGAGAGAGAACCGGGUUCUUCACUUCUGGACAAUGAGGAAGAGGAGGCUGGAUCAGUGUCAGCAGUACGUGGUGUUUGAACGCAGCGCCAAGCAGGCGUUGGAGUGGAUUCACGACACAGGCGAGUUCUACCUGUCCACACACACCUCGACCGGCUCCAGCAUUCACCACACACAAGAGCUGCUGAAGGAGCAUGAGGACUUCCACAUUACAGCCAAGCAAACCAAAGAGCGAGUGAAGCUGCUGAUCCAGCUGGCCGACGGCUUCUGCGACAAGGGCCACUCCCACGCCGCCGAGAUCAAGAAAUGGGUUACGGCGGUGGACAAGCGCUACCGGGACUUCUCGCUCCGCAUGGACAAGUACCGCACGUCCCUGGAGAAGGCCCUGGGCAUCGUCUCCGACUCCAACAAGGCCAGCAAAGACCUGCAGCUGGACAUCAUCCCCGCCAGCGCUCCAGGGUCAGAGGUCAAGCUGAGGGACGCCGCCCACGAGCUCAACGAGGAGAAGCGCAAGUCGGCCCGCAGGAAGGAGUUCAUCAUGGCUGAACUGAUUCAGACGGAGAAGGCCUACGUGAGAGACUUGAGAGAGUGCAUGGAUACAUACCUGUGGGAGAUGACCAGUGGCGUCGAAGAGAUCCCACCAGGGAUCGUCAACAAAGAGCACAUCAUCUUUGGCAACAUGCAGGACCUCUAUGAGUUCCACCACAAUAUAUUCCUCAAAGAGCUUGAGAAAUAUGAACAGCUUCCAGAAGACGUAGGCCAUUGCUUUGUAACCUGGGCGGACAAGUUCCAGAUGUACGUGAACUACUGCAAGAACAAACCAGACUCCACCCAGCUGAUCCUGGAGCACGCUGGGCCUUACUUUGACGAGAUUCAGCAGAGGCAUCGGCUGGCCAACUCCAUCUCCUCAUAUUUGAUCAAGCCUGUGCAGAGAAUCACCAAGUACCAGCUCCUGCUCAAGGAACUGUUGACCUGCUGUGAAGAGGGCAAGGGUGAGAUCAAAGAUGGCCUGGAGGUGAUGCUCAGCGUGCCUAAGAAGGCCAAUGAUGCCAUGCAUCUCAGCAUGCUGGAGGGCUUCGAUGAGAACAUCGAGUCCCAGGGCGAGCUGAUCCUGCAGGAGAGCUUCCAGGUGUGGGACCCCAAGACCCUGAUCCGCAAGGGCCGCGAGCGCCACCUCUUCCUCUUCGAGAUGUCCCUGGUCUUCAGCAAGGAGGUUAAAGACUCCAACGGCCGUAGCAAGUACAUCUACAAAAGCAAACUGUUUACCUCGGAGCUGGGAGUGACGGAGCAUGUGGAGGGGGACCCCUGCAAGUUUGCCCUGUGGGUGGGCCGUACCCCUACCUCCGACAACAAGAUUGUGCUCAAGGCCUCCAGCAUCGAGAACAAGCAGGACUGGAUCAAGCACAUCCGCGAGGUGAUCCAGGAGCGCACGGUGCACCUGAAGGGGGCGCUCAAGGAGCCCAUCCACAUCCCCAAACCCUCCACGGCCAAACACAAGGGCCGUAGAUACACGCCAAAAGACGGAGAAGACCUGGACAGCCAGGGUGACGGCAGCAGCCAGCCGGACACCAUCUCCCUGGCCUCACGCACCUCCCAGAACACCCUGGACAGCGACAAGCUGUCCGGUGGCUGCGAACUGACGGUGGUCAUCCACGACUUCCUGGCGGGCAACAGCAACGAGCUGACGGUGCGGCGGGGCCAGACGGUGGAGGUGCUGGAGCGGCUGCACGACAAGCCCGACUGGUGCCUGGUGCGCACCACCGACCGCUCGCCGGCCCAGGAGGGCCUGGUGCCCUGCAGCACCCUCUGCAUCGCCCACUCCCGCAGCAGCAUGGAGAUGGAGGGCAUCUUCAACCACAAAGACACGCUGUCGGUGUGCAGUAACGACUCGCUGCUGCCGGGCUCAUCGCACACGCUGCAGCCGGGCCACGGCAUGGGCUCGCAGAGCUCGCCGGGUCCCAAGCGGCCCGGCAACACGCUGCGCAAGUGGCUGACCAGCCCGGUGCGGCGGCUGAGCAGCGGCAAGGCCGACGGCCACGUCAAGAAGCUGGCGCACAAGCACAAGAAGAACCGCGACGUGCGCAAAAGCGCCGACACCGGCUCGCAGAAGGACUCGGACGACAGCGCCGCCACGCCGCAGGACGAGACCAUCGAGGAGAGGGUGCGUAACGAGGGCCUGAGCAGUGGCACGCUCUCCAAGUCCUCCUCGUCGGGCAUGCAGAGCUGCGGGGAGGAGGAGGGCGAGGAGGGGGCCGACUCGGUGCCCCUGCCCCCACCCAUGGCCAUCCAGCAGCACAGCCUCCUGCAGCCUGACUCCCAGGACGACAAGACGUCCUCCCGUCUGUCCGUGCGUCCCUCCAGCUCAGAGACCCCCAGCGCUGCUGAACUGGUCAGUGCCAUCGAGGAGCUGGUCAAGAGUAAGAUGGCUCUGGAGGACAGGCCUAGCUCUCUGUCAGUGGAGCAGGGCGACAGCAGCAGCCCCUCCUUCAACCCGUCCGAUAACUCGCUCCUCUCCUCCUCCUCCCCCAUCGACGAGAUGGAGGAGCGCAAGACCGGCUUCCUCAAGAAACGCCAUUAUGUUUUACUGGAGCUGGUGGAGACCGAGAGGGAUUACGUGAGGGAUCUGGGCUUGGUUGUGGAGGGCUACAUAGCCAGGAUGAAAGAGGACGGCGUCCCUGACGACAUGAAGGGGAAGGACAAGAUUGUCUUUGGCAACAUCCACCAGAUCUUCGACUGGCACAAAGACUUCUUUCUGGGAGAGUUGGAGAAGUGCCUUGAAGACCCUGACCGACUGGGCUCUCUGUUUGUCAAACAUGAGCGGAGACUGCACAUGUACAUUGUCUACUGCCAAAACAAACCCAAAUCGGAGCACAUCGUCUCAGAGUAUAUCGACACUUACUUCGAGGACCUGAAGCAGCGCUUGGGUCACAGGUUACAGAUCACAGACCUCCUCAUCAAACCUGUGCAGAGAAUUAUGAAGUACCAGCUCCUGCUGAAGGAUAUCCUCAAGUUCUCCAAAAAAGCUCUGCUAGACUGUCUGGAUUUGGAGAAAGCAUUAGAGGUCAUGUGCAUUGUACCAAAAAGAUGCAACGAUAUGAUGAAUGUUGGUCGACUCCAAGGAUUUGACGGGAAGAUUGUAGCCCAGGGCCGUCUCCUCCUGCAGGACACCUUCCUGGUCUCCGACCCUGACGGAGGCCUUCUAUCCAGGAUGAAGGAGAGGAGAGUCUUCCUCUUUGAGCAGAUUGUCAUCUUCAGUGAGCCCCUGGACAAGAAGAGAGGCUUCUCUAUGCCAGGCUUCCUUUACAAGAACAGCAUCAAGGUGAGCUGUAUGGGCCUGGAGGACUGUUCGGACGGCGACCCCUGCAAGUUCGUGAUGACCUCUCGGACGGCCGGCGGCAGCACCGAGUCCUUCAUCCUGCACUCGGCUCACCCCGGGGUCAGGCAGGUCUGGAACCUCCAGAUCGCCCAGAUCCUGGAGAGCCAGCGCAACUUCCUCAAUGCGCUUACCUCUCCCAUAGAGUACCAGAGGAACCACAUCGGAGGGGGAGCGAGUGGCCCUAGUUGCCCCAGCAGCAGCAGCCAGGCAGGGGGCAGCAGUGGGCCUGGCAUGGCCUCCGGUGGUGGUGGAGCUGGCGGGGGAGGAGGUAUCUCCGCCGGGUCGUGCUCCCGCUCCCGACCCUCGCGGAUCCCCCAACCGUCCCGCCUUCCCCAGCCCCUCCGCCACCACUCCCCCGCCAUGGGCUCCGGCGACCUCGACGGGCCCGACAAAUUAUCAGGUACGUCCUCCCGUCCCGUUGCCGCGGGUAUCCCCACACUCCCAUCCCCAUCCUCCACCGCCCCAGCCAUUGACCCAGAACACAGCCGGGAGGUCCGGACGAGGAUGCAAGACAGCCCUCGCUCCAGACGGCCCGACAGUGGCUCCAAGGAGAUCCCGGUCGAGCCGCCAACUCCCCCUGUGGUCCCCGUGGUCCCCGUGGCCCCUCGCACCGCCACGAGUCCGAUAGCAAUGGUUAAGCCCCGGCCAGGAGCCCUCUCCCCCAUGGCACCCCAGCUGGGCUCCCCCGCCUUUGGGAAGGAGGGUCUCCCACCCUGCAGCCCGGUGCAGAAGACUGCCUCCACACCAGGUGCCGGCAGUUCCUCGGGCUCCUUCUGGAGCUCCGUUCCGGCCUCUCCUGCCAGCCGGCCCGGCUCCUUCACCUUCUCGGGGGAGGCCUGCGACACACUGGGCCGGCAGAACCAAAACCAGAACCAGAACCAGAGUCACCGGCACUCCACCCACAGCAAGGACGCUGACCGCAUGAGCACCUGCUCCUCGGCUAGCGAGCAGUCCGUGCACUCCAUCCAGAGCAAUGGGAGUGAAAGCAGCAGCAGCAGCAACAUCUCCACCAUGCUAGUGACGCAGGACUACGUGGCUUUGAAAGAGGAUGAGAUCAGCGUGAGCCAGGGCGAGGUGGUGCAGAUCCUGGCCAGCAACCAGCAGAACAUGUUCCUGGUGUUCCGCGCCGCCACCCAGCUCUGCCCCGCCGCCGAGGGCUGGAUCCCCGGACACGUGCUGGGCCACACCUCCACCAUCACCCCCGACAAUACAGAUGGAACCAUCAAGAAAUCAUCAUCAUGGCACACGUCCCUCCGCAUCCGCAAGAAGUCAGAGAAACGAGAGAAAGAGAGCAAGCUGGAAAACGGCUACAGGAAAUCCAGAGAGGGCUUAGCUGUGAAGGUUUCUGUAAAGCUUCUAAAUCCAAACUAUAUCUAUGAUGUUCCGCCGGAGUUCCUAGUGCCCCUGAGCGACGUCACCUGUGACAAAGGAGAGUGUGUGACCCUCCGGUGUAAGGUGUGCGGCCGGCCUAAAGCCACCGUCACCUGGAAGGGGCCAGACCAAAACACACUUACCAACAACGGCCACUUCAGCAUAGCCUACAGUGACACUGGUGAGGCCACGCUGCGUAUUGUGGGCGUUGCUGCGGACGAUGACGGUGUCUACACCUGCGUCGCCACCAACGACCUAGGCAGCGUGACCUCAUCAGCCAGCCUCCGGGUACUAGGAACGUCCAGUGAUGGACUGCGUGUCCUGUGGAAGGACAACUACGAGUCCACUUUCACUGAGGUAGCAGAACUUGGCAGGGGGCGCUUUGCGGUAGUGAAGCGGUGCGACCAGCGCGGCUCCAAGCGAACCGUGGCGGUCAAGCUGGUCAACAAGAAGCUGAUGAAGCGUGACCAGGUGACCCAGGAGCUGAGCAUCCUGCAGAGGCUCCAGCACCCCCAUAUCGUCUGCCUGCUGGACACCUACGAGACCUCCAGCAGCUACGCCCUGGUCCUGGAAAUGUCUGACCAGGGUCGUCUGCUUGACUACAUUGUGAGCUGGGGGAACCUCACGGAAGAGAAGGUGGCCUUCUACCUACGGGACAUUCUAGAAGCUUUACACUACCUGCACAACUGCAGAAUAGCCCACCUGGAUUUAAAGCCUGAAAACCUUCUGGUGGACCAGUGCUCAUCGCAGCCCACCGUGAAGCUGACUGACUUUGGCGACGCCGUGCAGCUGAACUCGGCCCACUACGUGCACCCGCUGCUGGGCAGCCCCGAGUUCGCCGCCCCCGAGCUGGUCCUGGGGGAGCCGGCGGCGCUUGCGUCGGACCUGUGGAGCCUGGGCGUGGUCACCUACGUGGUGCUAAGCGGCGCCUCGCCUUUUCUGGACGAGAGCGUGGAGGAGACGUGCCUCAACAUCUGCCGGCUGGACUUCAGCUUCCCCGGGGACUACUUCCAGGGCGUGAGCGCGGCGGCGCGGGACUUUGUGUGCCUACUGCUCCGCGCCGAGCCCUGCAAGCGCCCACCCGCCGCCGCCUGCCUUCAGGACCCCUGGCUGCAGCCCAGCGCCGGCGGCCACUCGGUCGAGUGCCUGGACACAUCCCGCCUCAUCUCGUUCAUCGACCGGCGCAAGCACCAGAACGACCUCCGACCUCUCGGCGGCAUACGGGCCUUCCUGCACAGUAGACUUCAACCCAGGAUAUGAAAUUGAUAUUGUGAUGGGGGGGGGGGGGGGCGGGGCAUACAUUUUCGAGCCAAAUUAAAGGCCAAAAUCGAAGAAGAAGAAAAAAAGAAGAAUGAUCUCAUCCUCUUUCAGCUGCCAAUCGUGAUUUAUGUUUUCAGAGGAAGCCUGCUUUCCUCCUUCAAUCAGAACUAAUCAGAGCCUCAGAGAAUGUCAUUAUUGACGUUCUCAGCCAAUCAAAACAAAAAACGAAAAAAAAAACUUAAGGAUCGCUAGUCCUGUCCCUGUCCUAAGCUGCUGGCUGUUUUUAAACUCACUUGAUUUGUAGAAUGAACAGGAUCGGAAAUCGGACGAGUUAGUUUGGUUAUCCGAUAACUUUCACCUAGAUUCACCGAACACCGGAGCCACAAGAGAUGGACUUGAAUCUACGCGUGGAAAACAGGAAAAGAAACCUGCACAAACAUGGUGGAGCUACCCUGUGUGGGGAGGCAUCACCAGUUAAAACUAGCGUGGAGAACAAAAUGUUUUUUGUCAAUUUUAUUUUUUACUUUUGCCUGAGCCAGAGAGAGCAAGCAGUCCUGCUUUGCGCUUUUACAGUAUUAAACUUGAGAACAUUAGAGCAAAAGCGAAAACAAAUACAAGAAAUACCCUUUCAUAGAGACAAUGUAUAGGAGAAAAGAUCAAAAUCACGUGAAGAGAACUUCCACGCCUUUUCCAAACCACAUUUGAAUACACUGUACUUACGAAAGCAAAUAAAAGCUAAAAAAAAAAAAAAAAGAUAUAUAUAUACAUAUAUAUAUGUAUGUUCUCAAACAAUACGCCCUCUGGUCAAAGAUACAUAUUUGGGGAGAUUCUCAACGCCAAACUCCCGAGCGUGACACUCUGAUAUCUUGAGAUGUUUUUUAAGUCCGAUCAAAGUGUUUUUGAUUGCUUCAUCAGUUACGAAAUCUCAUCAGAUCGUGAUGGCCACUCUACAUUUAACAGAUUUUAAACUGCUGCAAGUCAAACCUCUCACACGUUAAAAGAAAGAGUAACAAUUUUUCGCUUUGACUAGAACAUUUUGUGUUGCGCAAAUUUAAGAUGUAUAAGCCUUACUUUGUACAUAGACUGUUGUCUGGCCUGUGUCCUUUUCAUUUGAAAAUGGUGUCCUGCCACAAAGAGCGUCCUCUGGGCAGGAGAAGGGAAUCCUGCCGGACGAAUGGGAGAUGACCAUGGAGCAGGUGAGCUUCUGAGUGGCGGCCAAGAGAGCCAAUCGGACGCAAGAGUGGCGGGGAAAAAAGGAGGAAGACAGAAAUCUGUAAAUGCACUCACAUUGUAUGUUAUGUUUUUCGAUUCUUCUCAUGUGCAAUGUUGCGGCUUUAACAGUUUAUGCAACUAUUUAUGAAGACAUCUGUUGUAUCUGUAAUAAAUAUAUAGAAAAGCAUGUACUUGGUACUGCAAGUUCUGCUGUUUAAUGGUGUUUUUAUUUAAUCUUUUUUUUUUUUUUUUUUUACUGUUAUUUAGUCGAGUAUUACUUUCCCUGUCAUUUCACAGGGUCAUUUGUCUACAUGGCACUUAUGCGUCUGUCUGUCACUUUUUUUUAACAUAGGUUAUUGGCAUACCAAAGCUAUCCCAGCUUUACUAUGAUUUACCAUUCUGUUCCUCCUCGCGCAUUUCACUGCAUUAAGUUAUAUAUUAAAAUGCCGUUCAAAGGUGUGUUUACAUGUGUUUCUAUCAUAGCUUUAUUUUAUUCCUUUUUAUCGAAGAAACUCCAACUUAAGCCAGUUGUCCACAUGACGGGCUAUCCUGUUCUUAUUCAAGUUGAGUUCUCUGCACAUCAUUGGGGAGGGUGGGGUGUCGGGGGGGUGCGGGUGUCGGGCCAAAAAUGUUUCCCCACUGAAUCGGACAAUAUUGUCAGAUUUUGUUUCUGGACGUCUUGGACGUCUUGUGAUGGCAAAACAUAGGCAUGAAUGUGAUGCCUUUUGAAAUUAUUUAUGUAAUUGUCUUGCCUCAUACCAUUUGUUUUUAAGACCAGUAUUUAGUUCCGUUUUUUUUUCUUUUUUAGUUUUCUUGUCUACGGCCUUGCAGUAAGGGCUUGCAGUUGUUGGUGGUAACCAUAGCUAGAACCCCGCCACUGUUAGGAUUUUCGAAAAAAAAAAAAUGCAAUAACACACACUCGCACUGAUAAGAGAUUCUUGCGUAGGACACAGUGGUCAACCUGCAUAGUAAGCUGCUACAGUCAUAUCUGUAUGAACUAGGAGUCAUUUUGUCCCAUGGCAGUCGGUUCUUUCUUAGAGUGAAGCUCGGCAGAAUGUUUUCUCUCUCUCUUUUUGCAUUAUGUUUGGCAGUGGAGAGAUUCAUGUCUUUCCAUAAAGGAAGGAGUGUACACAUGGAGUCAUCUGUAUAGUCCCAUAUCAUGUCCUCUUAAUUUAUUCGUUGUUGUAAAGUUGUACAGAAGGCGUUAAAACAUGGGAACUCGGACUGGAUGCAUUUCUCUCUCUCUUUUUUUUUUUUUUUUUUUUUGUUUUGCUCGUUUUAGCUGUCUGUUUUUGUUUUCUCGCUUAGUUCCGAUCUCACGUAUUUUAUAUGUAUGUAUGAUUGUGGUUUUAUUUUCCAACAGAUUUGAUUUCAGUUAUUUUAUACUUUUUGCAUGUAUAUUUCUUUGUACAGAUGCCAUAAGUGUUUACGCGACCUGUGCUGUAAAUAUUUUCCGUUUUGCCAUUUUGUUCUUUUGAAAUUAAACAUCCAGAACAUUU